AUGGACCUUAAACUUCCGAUGUCAUUUGAGGCUCUUGACCAAGAUGCAAAGAUAUGCCUUGGUGUACUUUCUUUUGUGGCAGCAGAAAACCUACCGAGCAAGUUCCUGCAAGUGUCUUCAGGUACAGAUUUGCCAGAAGCCCUGGCAUUCACCCGCGAUAAAAACAAACUGGGAGGUUUGAUAGAACAGCUGACAGACACUGCCUUGAUACGACAGAGUGAGGAUCGAUCAACUCUGUCGUUGCACCGCCUUGUCCAGGCAGAAUUCUUGAACCAGAUCAAUCAUGAAGAUCAACAGCGGUUGUUCGAAAACAGCAUCUAUCUACUACGUCAGGUAUUUCCACAUCGAGGUCAAGCCCGCGUCAAUGAGUUAGAAUGGCCAGCUGGCGACAUAUAUUGGCCACAUUGUCUCGCUACAAUCAGUAAAUACCGAGAUUCACGAGAAGAAAUGGAGCCUUUGCGGCCAACUCUGGAAUUCUGCAAGCUUCUGGAUGACUGCAGUUGGUAUUUAUUCCACAACGACAUUGCUGGUACUGUAGCAAUGGUGAUCGACGUAUGGUUUGAUGCCAAUGCAGCCUGCAAGAAGACAGGGCAGGAUCCAAUGGUCUAUGCAAAUCUGUUGAAUAUUGCCGGGCUCAAUAACAUGUCUAUAGGGGAAUUCGCCAGAUCUGAAGCCCAUUUUCUAGAGUGUAAAUCGAUCCGAUCGAAGCAUCUUGCAGAGAAUGACGAGGCCAUGCUUAACAUCAACAGCAAUAUUGGACUAAUCUACAGCUGCCAAAACGACUCUCAGAGAGGGGUGUCCUUUCUAAUGAGAGCUUUGAAAAUACUUCAUUCAUGGGAUCACCGGAACUUAGUGAAAGAGGUACUGGUAUAUACCAACUUGGGCAAGAUAUAUGGAGCAGCGGGCGAACUUGACGAAGCGGAACGUUAUCUUCACAUCGCCUUACAGGUUGCAAUCGAACUGAACAGCGUUUACUGGACUACUGCUAUUUAUCGAGCUUUAGCCAGAACGGCUGUCUGCAUGGCCAAUAUUUCAGCUGCUGAUAAAUACGCCCGGAAGAUGAGGGACUUGCUGGAGACACCGAGUGGAAGUCGCGCGGGAAAGCUCAUACAAAGCAAAUGCAAGUAUGCCGAAGGUUUGGUCCACCACAAAGCGGGGCGCAAAACCGAAGCCAUAGAACAUCUUGAACGAGCAGAUGCAAUGAUGACAAUGCAUCGCCUGCCAAUUCCCUUGCGCGCCCGAACAACGCACCUUUUCUCCCGAGCUUGUCUCCUCGUUGAUAGUAGGCAUGAAGAGGGUCUUAGACUGAAACUGAAAGCUCGGCAUCUCCGACAACUACUACCUGGAGGUAAGGAAACUAUCGACGAAGCUGAUGAUGAAGCCUAUGACAAAUUUGUCGAUGUCAUAGAACGUUGAGUGGUUACGGUUCGUAGCAUAAAGUUGAUGAAUCUGCGUGGCUAGAUCAGGUGCUUCAUAUUUCG